AUGGAUGCUGAUUUCAAGGCUCAAUUAGAUCAAGAACGAACUAAAGUCGAAGAUGCAUUUGACUUUCUUGGCUGUAAAGUUGGCCGAGGGACAUAUGGGCAUGUAUACAAAGCAAAGAAAAAAGACGGAAAUGAUACACGAGAUUAUGCGUUGAAACAGAUUGAAGGUGCUGGUCUGUCAACAAGUGCGUGUCGAGAAAUCUCUUUAUUACGAGAAUUAAAACACGUGAAUGUUAUCACAUUACAGCGAGUUUUUCUUUCCCAUGCUGAUCGUCGCGUUUAUCUUCUAUUUGAUUUUGCUGAACAUGAUUUAUGGCAUAUUAUUAAAUUUCAUCGUUCAGCGAAACAGAAUAAGAAAACUGUUACAUGUGCACGUGGUAUGGUGAAAUCUCUACUCUAUCAAAUUCUAGCUGGUAUUCAUUAUUUACAUGCAAAUUGGAUCCUUCAUCGAGAUCUUAAACCCGCAAAUAUAUUAGUUAUGGGAGAAGGUAUUGAACGUGGAAGAGUUAAAAUUGCCGAUAUGGGUUUUGCACGUUUAUUUAAUUCACCUCUAAAACCAAUGGCAGAUUUAGAUCCGGUUGUUGUUACAUUUUGGUAUCGUGCACCAGAGCUAUUACUUGGUGCUCGUCAUUACACAAAAGCGAUUGAUAUUUGGGCCAUAGGAUGUAUAUUUGCAGAACUACUUACUUAUGAACCAAUAUUUCAUUGUAAACAAGAAGAUAUCAAAACUAGUACACCUUAUCAUCAUGAUCAACUCGAUCGAAUAUUUUCUGUUAUGAGUUUUCCAAUAGACAAAGACUGGGAAGAUAUGAAAAAGAUGCCAGAAUAUGCACGUCUAUCAAAAGAAUUUAAAAAGAGCAAUUAUGCAAAUUGCAGUUUAAAUAAAUAUAUGGAGAAACAUAAUGUACGAUCCGAUAGUCGAGCAUUUCAAUUGUUAGUACGUCUACUUACGACUGAUCCAACAAAACGAUUAAAUGCUUUAGAAGCAAUGAAUGAUCUUUAUUUUAAAGAAGAUCCUCGCCCGACUGAAGAUGUAUUUGAGUGUCAACCGAUUCCAUAUCCUAAACGUGAAUUCAUCGCUGAUGAUGAUCCACCCGAUGUCACUGGCGCACAUAUAUCGAAAAUUGAGUCAACCAUAAUGGUCAAAACAGAUGCAUCUUCAGUUGUUCUUACACAACAACAAACCUCACAUUUAAAUCACAGUCAACAAUCAAUAACAACACAACAGCAACAGCAACAGAACGUGCACAUCAAACAGCAACCACAACAACAUAAUAAUAUUGUUCAGCAGACACAUCCUCAACAAAUGAAAAUGAUGCAACAACAACAACAACAACAACAACAACAGCAUACAUCCAAUGUUAAUGGCCAAGGGCAACCACCUGAAAAGAAAUUACGUGUCGCUGGUGGCUAUAAUACUGGUGAUCCACCAAACUAUGAUUAUCAAAGAAAUACUAAUCAUCAACAACAACAAAUGUAUUCACAGCAGCAACAACGAUUUUAG